CGCAAUCUAAAAUGGCUAUUUUGACAGUGGCGUCGUCGUCGCCGAUGCCUGCUCGAGCUCUAUUUAGAGAAUCCAAAACGGCGACGACGAAAAAGAUUUUGAAACGGCAAGGAGUUCGUGUUGUAGGAAAUUUCAGUCACUUUGGAGAUACGGUGCGCAAGGAUUUCGAGUUUAUCAAAAAAGGAAUUAAUAAAGGAAUGGACUGGGCAAAUGAAGCAUUUCGAAUUCCGCAAGUUUCCAAAACCCUAGACGACAUUUUAUGGCUUCGAAAUCUUGAAGAUCAUAAUUCUCCUCCAAUUGAACCUCAAUCCUGGCCUCAACCUUCAUAUCCAGGACUUACCGGUGUGGAUUUGCUGAUGGCUGAUCUUAAAGCAUUGGAAUCAUAUGCUCGUUAUUUUUAUUGUUUGUCUAAGAUUUGGUCCAAGCCAUUACCUGAAGUCUAUGAUCCUCAAGAAGUUGCUGAUUACUUCAAUUGUAGGCCUCAUCUUGUCGCUUUUCGACUUCUCGAGGUGUUUACUGCAUUUGCCACCGCAACUAUAAGAAUUCGAGCCUCAGGGAUGAGAAAGUUUUCAAGAUCAAGUUCCGAUGAGGAUGUAAAUGGGAACAUUUCACAGUACGAUUUGGGGAUGGUAUUAAAAGAAACAAUGCUAAAUUUGGGUCCCACUUUUAUCAAAGUUGGUCAGUCUCUUUCCACAAGGCCAGAUAUUAUUGGUACUGAAAUUACCAAGGCACUUUCCGGACUGCAUGAUCAAAUACCUCCUUUUCCCAGGACCUUGGCUAUGAAAAUCUUUGAGGAAGAAUUGGGUUCUCCUGUUGAAUCAUUCUUUAGCUAUGUAUCCGAGGAACCUGUAGCUGCUGCAUCAUUUGGUCAGGUAUAUCGUGGAAGCACCCUUGAUGGUCGUACCAUUGCUCUGAAGGUUCAGCGUCCUAAUCUACAUCAUGUUGUAGUUCGUGAUAUCUACAUAAUUCGGCUCGGGUUGGGCCUGUUGCAAAAGAUAGCAAAGAGAAAAAGUGACCUUCGCCUCUAUGCUGAUGAGCUUGGGAAAGGCUUAGUUGGGGAGCUGGAUUAUUCUAUAGAGGCUGCCAAUGCCUCCAAGUUUCUGGAUGCUCAUUCCUCAUUCUCAUUCAUGUAUGCUCCAAAAAUAUUUCCAGAUUUAAGCCGAAAGAGAGUUCUGACAAUGGAGUGGGUGGUUGGUGAGAGUCCAACUGAUUUACUAUCUCUGUCUACUAGUUCCGCACAUUCAGAAAGACAGAAACUUGAAGCAAAAAGGCGUCUCCUUGAUUUGGUUAGCAAAGGAGUAGAAGCAUCAUUAGUUCAACUCCUGGAAACAGGCUUAUUGCAUGGUGAUCCACAUCCAGGAAACUUGCGUUACAUAUCAUCAGGACAAAUAGGUUUCCUGGAUUUUGGAUUACUUUGCCAGAUGGAAAAGAAGCAUCGGUUCGCUAUGCUUGCUGCCAUAGUUCACAUUGUAAAUGGGGACUGGGCAUCCCUUGUGCAUGCUCUUAUUGACAUGGAUGUUGUGAGGCCAGGGACUAGUAUCCGGCGUAUUACAAUGGAACUGGAAAAUUCUUUGGGAGAGGUGGAGUUUAAAGAUGGAAUACCUGAUGUCAAGUUCAGUAGGGUUCUGGGAAAAAUAUUGUCUAUAGCGAUCAAAAAUCAUUUCCGCAUGCCACCAUACUUUACUCUUGUGCUACGUUCUCUUGCAUCCCUAGAAGGUUUGGCAGUAGCUGCAGAUCCAAACUUUAAGACAUUUGAAGCUGCAUACCCAUAUGUUGUUCGGAAACUUCUCACUGAAAAUUCUGCUGAAACAAGGAAAAUUUUGCAUCUGGUGGUUUUGAACAAGCAGAAAGAAUUCCGGUGGGAGAGGCUUGCUCUUUUCCUAAGAGUAGGAUCCACCAGGAAAGCCUUCAGUCGGGUGAUAGCAUCAAAGAAUGAAAGUUCGCUCGAUUAUUUACCAAAUAGGUCUGGUGGUGUUUUUGAUACUGCACACUUAGUACUGAGACUUUUACCAUCGAGGGAUGGUAUUGUGCUUAGGAAACUUCUAAUGACUGCAAAUGGAGCUUCAUUAAUCCGAGCAAUGGUUUCCAAGGAGGCAAUUUUUGUCAGACAGCAGCUUUGCAGAGUUAUUGCUGAUGUACUAUAUCAUUGGAUGACUCAAACUUUUGGACGAGGCAUUAUGGCAACCUGGUAUGGUUCCCAAGUAAGAUUGACCAGUGAGGCUGAUAACAGAGAGCUGAGUCCAUCUUCCAGGUUAACUGUACCGGUUUAUGAUUAUCAGUCCAUAUUUAGAGAUCGACGCCUCAAAGUGAUCUUUUCCAGGAUACUAGAUUCUGCAAGGAAAGAUCCAGUGUUGAUGCUAAAAUUCUACUGGACUACAUUUGCUAUGAUUGUCUCAGCCUCAGUUAGGGCUUGUCACCGGGUUUUGGUUUCUCUGUCCGAGGCUACUUUGGCCCCUUCUCGCUUUCUCCCAAGAGUGGCAAUUAGUGCAUGAAAUUCAUAUUUGGCCCUUGCAAUCCUCUUCAGAAGAAGAAGAUUUAAUGCAGACAUCCCCCUUGACUGUAGAUUUUUGGAGAGCAGAGAAUGCGGGAUAGAAUGGUAAUAGGAAAACUAGGUGCUCUUUGCUUAUAAUGCUAAUAGGAACACCAAGUACUUUUGCCUUAAGUCGGAUUUUAUGACAUCAAGGUAUGAUGAGCCCACCUCUGGUGCUUACCCUGACUCCAGUGAGGUGGGUUUCAAGUAGUUGGUGCCAAAAUUCUUUGAACUGCAAAUAGUGGGCAUCAUCGAACUCGGUAUCGUCAAAUUCUGGACAACAUUGAGGUCAGUCAAUGAAUCGUGGCAGACUGAGGAUUGGUAUGUACAAGAUAAGAACUGUAUUAGCCAUAUACUUCGGUUUCUAUAAAGUCAAUGCCUUUGAAAUAUGUAACAUGUAGCAUUGGUAUGUGACAUACGAUGUGCAAGAGGCCAGUAGCUUUUGUGGUUGAAGGUCACUGCUGAAUUCCACGCUAACUCUGAAAACAUCACUUAUUAUUUUCUAGCCAUCUUGGGCCUUUUUUCCUAA